AUGUCUCAAUCACCUUCCAGAGAGACGCUUCCAAUGCAUCUCAGAUUACCGCAUCCGUGGUACACGACCUACACCAUCAAGGUCGGCGCAUAUGAUGAUGGCCUGAGACAAUUCCAAAUCCAGCCCACCAAUCCCACCGAGAAGGCUGCCCAUGAGCAGCUUCACAAAGACGACCUCUUCUGGACAGAGCCCAGGGCCGACAACACAUCAACCACCACAACAACAGACGCAUCCGCCCCCUCAUCGGACCUUUGGACCAACCAAGACCCCGUCCCCGUCACCCGCAUCUUCUGGGGAAAAAACAGCAGCCGCCCAUCCAUCGGCCAGGUGUGGCUAGCCGCCUACGGCCUCGUCACCCUCUACCCCAAAACCGACGCCUUCGCCAUCCAGCUCCAGGGCCCGCAAUCCGCCGACGUCGCCAACGAGCUCUGCCGCGUCGGCCUGCUGGCGAAAUCCCCCGCAGCCUCCUCUUCCUCCUCCUCCUCCUCCUCAUCACCACCAGACUACUUCCUCUUCCGCGGCUCCUUCUGGCAGGGCGCCGGCUCGCCCUUCGGUUCGCGCCCCGUGUGGCUUCCACCCGCACCAUCCGCGCAAAGCGGAGAGUUAUGGGAGUUCCCGCCUUUGCCGCUGCAGCACGCCUUCCAAACAGACGUCGUCAUCCACCACCGAGGCGGCCAAGGCCACGCCGCGGCGGAUACCAUCGACGCCGCCCUCUCCACGCCCAUCCGCGCCCCCGCGCCAGCUCCCGGCACCGUCGUCUACAGCCGGUGGAUCCCGCACCUGAACCGCGGCGCAGGAGCGCAGCUGGCCCUCGCCGUGCUCGACGCCGAGGACCCGAAGCAAGUCGCCCUGUACACCGCCUGGCACCGCCACGGCACGGCGGACACGCACGCCGAGUACCUGCGUGCGUUGCAGCACGGCGGCAACGGUACUGCGGGCGCAGAGGGGGCGGCCAUCCCGCUGCUCGCCACGCUGGACGGCCGGCCCGCCGCGUACUUCGAGCCGUACUGGGUGCGCGACCGCGUCGAGGACGAGAUCGGCGCGCAUUUCGACGCGGGGGCGUUUGAUCGGGGGUGCGGGGUGCUGUUUCCCCCCUCCCCUCCUGACCUCGAUCCUCGUGUCGUCGCGGCGCUGUGGGGCAGCGCGGUGCACUACCUCUUCCUGGACGAGCCGCGCACCAUGCGCGUCUUCGGGGCGCCGGCGUACGUCGACGGGAUGGCGGUUGGGUUUGAGGGCAGGUUUCCGUUUAGUGUCGCGCGGAGGGUGGAGAGCGUGUUGGCGGAGGAGACGUUGGCGGUUUGUGGGAGGGAGUUGUUUUUCCAGCUUUGUCCGUUUGCCGGGCAAGGCGCGGUGAGGGUGGUGGAGAGGGAGAGGGGGGAUGGGGGGUUGUGGGCGAAGUUGUAG